AUGGCACCCGAACAAUCAAUCAACCAAACCAGCGUCGAUGCCGACGCCCGGAGUGGAAAGACAUCUUAUACAAUUCCCAAGUUGAUUCCUAGCUCGCGAAGAAAGUCUUCUCAGCAACCCAGCCCAUCCGACCCUGCUCCCCAGACACCUAGCCUACCUGCUCCUCCGUCGAUCGAAUCUGUACACUUCACGACGCCAGUCAAGCGAAUUCUAUCACCGGGUGACCAUGAGAAGUUCCUAGCCUCGCCAACCUACGUGCUGAUACUAGCAUGGAUCUUUACCCUCGCCGACUGCGUCCGCGGCCGUCGAAUUUCCUCGUUGGACACUCAUCAUUUGUCGACCACAAUCAAGAAACUUGAUUCAGUCCUUGACACUUUGGAAGGAAUGUUAAAACAAUAUCCUCCUCUCGACACGGGAUCGAGAUUUGGCAAUCCAGUCUUCCGCAGUUUGCACAAAGCCAUUGUAAGAGAUGUGGACCGAAUACACAAGGAGCUGCUGGGGCUGCACAAUGAGGAUGCCAUCAAAGAGAUCUCUGUCUAUUUGAUCAAUUCGUUCGGUUCCGAGGAGCGGCUUGAUUACGGGUCUGGUCACGAGCUGAAUUUCAUGAUGUGGCUGCUCUGUCUGUACCAGCUGAAGCAGAUCGAACGAGAAGACUUUCCUGCGAUCGUAAUGCACACUUUCGUCCGAUACCUCAACCUCAUGCGGAAGAUCCAGAGCACAUAUUACUUGGAGCCUGCAGGGAGCCAUGGAGUCUGGGGGCUCGACGACUACCAAUUCUUGCCCUUUUUGUUCGGGGCAAGCCAGCUCGUCGGGCAUCCUUAUAUUACGCCCAGGUCGAUCCACAACAAUGUUGUUCUGGACGAGGAGGGCGACGAUUACAUCUACCUCAACCAAGUCCGGUGGGUGGAUAGUGUCAAGACUGUCAAGGGACUGCGUUGGCAUAGCCCCAUGCUAGACGAUAUCUCGGGCGCAAAGAGCUGGCAAAAGGUGGAAGACGGCAUGAGGAAAAUGUUUGCCAAGGAAGUCCUGGGCAAGUUGCCCAUCAUGCAGCACUUUCUGUUUGGUGGCCUAAUACCUGGCACUGAGGACAUGGGCCAACUAGACGAGGAGACCCUGCGGGCUCAGGCGGAGAGAAUGCAGCAUGUGAAGGAGUUUGGACACGAGCCUGACUACUGGGGCGACUGCUGUGGUAUCAAGGUGCCCAGCACGGUAGCGGCAGGUGAGGAAAUGAGAAAGCGGAUGGGUAUGUCGGGCGCACUCCGCCCAAUACCAUUUGACUGA